GCUCAGCACAAGAAAGACAAGGAGGAGGAAGGAGGAGCAGUGGGCACUUUGCUUGGGGGAAAUCCUGAAGAUGGCCAAAGAUGACUCCACUGCUCGUUGCUUCCAGGGCCUGCUGAUUUUUGGAAAUGUGAUUGUUGGUAUGUGCGGCAUCGCCCUGACUGCAGAGUGCAUCUUCUUUGUAUCCGACCAGCAUAGCCUCUACCCGCUGCUGGAAGCCACUGACAAUGAUGACAUCUAUGGGGCAGCCUGGAUUGGCAUGUUUGUUGGCAUCUGCCUCUUCUGCCUGUCCGUUCUAGGCAUUGUAGGCAUCAUGAAGUCCAACAGGAAAAUUCUUCUGGCGUAUUUCAUUCUGAUGUUUAUAGUAUAUGGCUUUGAAGUGGCAUCUUGUAUCACAGCAGCAACACAACGAGACUUUUUCACGCCCAACCUCUUCCUGAAGCAGAUGCUGGAGAGGUACCAAAAUAAUAGCCCUCCAAACAAUGACGACCAAUGGAAAAACAAUGGAGUCACCAAGACCUGGGACAGACUCAUGCUCCAGGACAAUUGCUGUGGUGUAAAUGGUCCAUCAGACUGGCAGAAAUAUACAUCUGCCUUCCGGACCGAGAAUAAUGAUGCCGACUAUCCCUGGCCUCGUCAGUGCUGUGUGAUGGACAGUCUUAAAAAACCUCUCAACCUGGAGGCCUGCAAGCUAGGAGUGCCUGGUUACUACCACAAGCAGGGCUGCUACGAACUCAUCUCUGGACCAAUGAACAGACAUGCCUGGGGGGUCGCCUGGUUUGGAUUUGCCAUUCUCUGCUGGACUUUUUGGGUUCUCCUGGGUACCAUGUUCUACUGGAGCAGAAUUGAAUAUUAAGAAUGAAGUGUCAC